UUGUGAACGACAAAAGCGCACAGACACACUUGAGCCACACAGUGAGACACGGACACACACUCAGAGAGGAGAGUUUCGUAACUUCGGGAAGUUUUGCGGAGCCAUCGAUCACUGGGUCUUGUUUUCUCUGAGCCUGAUGUCAGUGACACAGCGGAGGACCGAUCGUCGCCUGCGUCACUUUUUCAGCGGAGUUGCCUAAUUGAAUUAGUUUUUUUUCCCCCUCGUCGAUACGGAGCCGAUCAGCAAAGGCAGCCGUGAAACUAACAUCUCUCCUGCAGGAAUAGACCGAGUCCUCCAUCCGAGAAGAGCCUGGCCUGUGCAGCCAUGCUGAUGUAUAAUUACCCUCUGAAGACAGACAUGGAGACGUCAUUCUACCCAUUGCUGAUGAAAACCCCAGAGCAGUCCGGAAUGAGCUUCUCUCAUCCCGCCUCCGUCUACCGGAUGCACACCUUCGCCCAGGCUCACACCCCCAGCAAUCCCACACACACCCAGCUGGAACCGGUGGACCUGUCUGUCAGCAAGCGUUCCUCCUCCACCUCCUCCUCCUCCUCCCCUCCCCGCUCCUCUGCAUCCUCACCAGCCUCCUCUCGCAGCUCCCCGCCGUCCCCUUACAGCAGCCAUGCUUCCCCCCGCUGCUCGCCCCCACACCACCAGCUGCGGUCGUCGCCCUCCCACGCCCUCCCGCCGCCCACUCCCUCACUUCCUUACCUGGCCCCCCUGCUCAGCUCGGGCUCCGGCGUCAUCCAGGGGUCGGGGGUCAUGCUACCCUCGAUCAUGGUGCCCCUGCCUGUCCUCUACCCCUCGCCACUUCACCUGCCCCAGCCGAUAAUGGUGAGCCCGCCCUGUGCCAGUGACGACGAACAUCAUCGGAACAGAGAGCUCAGGAUAGCUCACUCCUCGAAGCCUCUGGAACUACGAGGAGAAGACCAUGACCUCCACAAGCCGAUCAAAACAGAGACUCGCCCUGAACUCGCCCAUGACCCCCUCAGCCAUGAGAUGAAAUCCUCCGUCAUCAGGAUACAACACGAGAGUAACAACCCGUCAGUAAUAGUUCAUCCAGGCCCAAAGCAUCCUCUCCCUGCCGACUCUCCAGACUCUCUGAAAAAGCGGAGAAUCCACCGCUGCGACUUCAAUGGCUGCAACAAAGUGUACACCAAGAGCUCCCACCUCAAAGCACAUCGCAGGACACACACAGGGGAGAAACCCUACAAGUGCAUGUGGGAAGGCUGCACGUGGAAGUUCGCCCGUUCAGACGAGCUGACAAGACACUUCCGCAAGCACACGGGAGUCAAACCGUUCCAGUGUCCCGACUGUGAACGCAGCUUCUCUCGCUCUGACCACCUGGCUUUGCACAAGAAACGCCACCUUCUGGUGUGAAACCCUCCACCAGGCGACUUGAAACAAACUCCAUGCUGAGUUCAAUGUUGGACUGUACCACUUUGACUUUCAGGGGAGGGGGUAGGCUUAGAAUGGCUGGCCUUACACAUUGGACUCUGACAUGGAGUGGGGAAAUGUUCCUCAGGGUGCAAGUUUAGACCCUUUACACCUCAUUAGCCUGAAUAUGAGCUGGUGUCAGCUUGCUACUCUGCAGAUUUAUCACCAGCUCAUUUUUAAUAGAAAUGCGGUAGCUGUAGCAGACCUCUGAUCAGCCGUGGAAGGUCCAGAGCGGCUGCAGAAUCUCAGCUGGCCUGAGGGCAGCGCCGCCGUCUUCUAGAUGCAGAACUGAACUGCAUCAGUCUGUUGAAACCACACGGCAUGCUCAAGCUUCUCUGUGCAACAUGGGCUGUCAUUCCUCUGCAUGCAUUCAAGUAAAAAAUGUGGACUUCAUCACACACUUCACACAUGUUAUUUGCUAGCUAGGCCAAUAAAAUGUGAAACUUUCCAGAAUGUAUCAUAUCACACCUACUGUGCAUCGUGUCAUACAUACUUCAGCUUUUUUUUCUGUCAUUAGCGCAGCUACCUGUGACAUAACUCUAACUCCUCCUUCAUGGACCGCCACAUUAAAGCACCACACACCUCAUCUGCCUCUACAAGCUUACAUCAUGAAGGGAUGACAGGUAGCUAAUGCUCGCUUUCUCUUGAACACACAUUUACCAGCACACACAACAGAAUACAUGCACUUAUUAAAAAGCAGCUCAGCCUUGGUCUCCUGUGCUCUGGGGUUUAAAAAAGAAAAAAAUUGGGGCUGUGGGUCUCGUUCAUUGUCAGAGUGAAGUGUUUUUUAUGUUUUCAUUCAGAAAUGUGAAAGUUGCUGCACAGGGGCAUUAUUGUGUUUGUGAGGAAAAGACACCACUCGGUUGGUUUAAGGGUAGAAGCAAUGAAAUAUCUUAACGUUGUCUUAUAUCAAGUUUAUGUAUCUAUGUUUUUGGUUUGUGAUGUGACACCGUGGUAGCCUUUUUAAAAAAUUUUUUUAUUGUUUGACACUUUUAUAUGGGAAAAAUACAAAGUGCAAAGCAGGGAAAUUUGCUCUUAAUUUUUUGUUUUUCUGGAGCAGUUGAGUUUUAUUCCAGCUAACCUUACAGGUGUUUUGACUUUUAAUUUAUACACGCUCCAUAUUUCAAUAUUCCCCGAUGAUUCUAUGAUUCUAGUCCAAGGUUCCUAAGAUAGUAAAUAUUCUACAAGUAAACGCCAUCAUGUUUUUAGAGCACAAUGUUUUACAGCUUCUGGAGAACAAAAAAGUUUUGUUGUUAGCGUCUUUGUACAUCUCCAAUGUGCACUUUAUAUACAUAUAUAUAUAUAUAAAUACAGUAUAUUGUAUAACAUUCCCAAAGGCAAAUAUUUUAAACGCAUCAUAGGUUUGCUAGUCGUUCUGAUCAGAAACAUUCAGCAGGUGUCUUGGUUUGUCAUUUGUUUUUAUCUUGUAAUGCCAGAAGAAGGUGUGACAAUUCAUUUAUUCACAUGUACACAUCCUCACACAUAAACACGCACCGAAUGUAGCGCCUCAACUCAUCUACAUUUGCUCCUGGAUACUCUUUGCAGUUUUUUUUGCUUGUAUAUGUUUUUUGUAUCUUUGCAAACACAAGUUGUAAUAUAUAUACAUAUAUAUAUAUAAAUAUAUAUUAAUUGAUUAUUAGACUGAAAGGGCAAUUAAAGGUUUUUAUUAAGCAUGAUUUUGAUACUCUAUUAUACAUUUCUAUAAUGUUGUGUCUAUAUCUCUUUUUAAUCUAUACAUUGGCAAUUCAAAGGGAACGUGUUAAACUGUGAACAGGUCUAUCUGCAAUUUUUGCAUUUUUAAACAGAAUAUUCAUACCACUUAAUAAACUUAUUGGUAAUAUUUGCAGAA